AUGUUGAAGAGAGGCUAUAAUUAUUCUGAAGUUGUAGUUGAAGAAGGUAGACACAUUAAGUUUGCCAAAAGGGAGUUGGGUGCUGUCAAUAUUCCCAUAUGUCAAAAAGCACUAGUGGUUGAACAUUUUGAUAAAGAUUUGGCAUUUACCACUGACAUUUCCGUUGAACAACACCUGGAAGACUAUGAAAUAUUAGUGCAAAAUAAAUUCGUGGGGUUAAAUCAUGUUGAUUGGAAAUCUAAGAAGUACAAAUUUAACAUAUAUUCUUUUCCCUGGGUUAACGGUAGGGAAUCCAGUGGAGUUGUUGUUAAGAGAGGUUCUCGUGUAGAUAAAGAUCGUUUCCCAUUGGGGGCAGAAGUGUUUUUAGCAAGUACUUCCUACAGAAUUUUGAAAACUUCGACAUUCCAGGAGUAUACUGUUUUCGAUUCUAGGCUCGUUUGGCGAUUGCCUCACUCUCCAACUGCAAACGGUUCAUUAGGUGUCAAGAAAUUCGAUCUCGAUUUUGCAGCUGGUAUUGGUGUUGCACUAGUCACUGCAGGAUCUGCACUUUCACAUUUGGUGGAUUUUGCAGAUCUGUCGACAUUGUCACCUCGUUCUAAUCUCAUAAUUUGGGGUGGAACGUCCUGUGUGGGGAUUUAUUUGACCCAGUUGGCCAGAUCCUCACAAAGGUUCAAUAAAAUCCUUGUUGUUGCUGCUAAAAGACAUGAAAACUAUCUAAGGGAAUUAGGUGCUACCCAUGUAAUCGAUAGACACUUGACAGAGGGAGAAAUCUUGGAUCAAGUGAACACGAUUUGUCCACAGGGAAUUAAUCAUGGGAUUGACGUUGUAUCUAAAAAGACUGCAACACACCUAAUGAACAUCUUACAGCAAGAAGGAAAUGGUGAGAAAAAAUUGGUAUGUGUGGUAGAUGCUCCAGAACUACCCACAAAGACCGCCUUUACUAACCGUACAGGCAAAUUUAUCAUCGAGAAAGUCAGUAUAAAAAAAUUUCAUGAAGACCUUGAAUACGGAACUACAUUCGUUGACUACACUUCAAAACUUUUGGAGAGUGGUCAUUUAAAACCGGUACAAUCGUUGAAGAUUUUCAAGGCUCUAGGUAAAUUUGGUCAAAGUAUUAGGAAUGGGUUAUUAGAAUUAGAGGAGAAGGGACCAAGUGCAGAAAAAUAUGUGGCAUGUUUAGAAACAUGA